GGGAGAGCGCACCCUCUAAGGCACCCACUUGUUACCCAGCGGAGGAGGGUGGGGAGUGGCGAGGCAGGAGGAGAGAGAAUUCCCGAAGCACAUUUCCCCGGGAACAAAAGGAGUCAGGCUCCCUGCACUCGAGAGAGUGAAACCUGGCUGGAGGGGCUGGAGUCCUGCGCCAAGGUCAGGCGCAAGAGCCGCACGCCCCGCAGAGUGGACUCGGGGUUUCUAGGAAAGGUAUUGACCACGUCUGUUUGAGUCAAAUGCGGGGCUAAGGUGGCUAUUGAGGGGGCUUGAGGAAAUGGUGGUAAUCCCAGAAAAGGCAUGACACGUCCUGUUCACCAAGAUUUUGGGAACAGAAGAGCGGGAAAGCCAUAUGACCCCGCAUAUUAUUCGGAGGAAUAGGCAAGUCUCCCGGUCCCACCCCUGCAGCUGUGAUGCAAAGAGGACCAGUCACCGACGUGAGGCAGGAAAAUAAUGCCCCCUCCCCGGAAGGGGGUAGGGAGGUGGGGAGAGUGGGCAGCGAGCAGUCUCCAACCACUGGGGUGAGAGAGCGCGCAUUCUGUGGAAACAAACCCCGCCUAAAUAAUUGAGUUAGGAGCCCACUGCCUUCAGAGGCUCGGAGCGCACCUCCCCAGCUUCCUCUGAGUUGAGUAAGGGAAGAGCAGGAAAAGCGGCGGCUGACGGAACGGAGAGCAGCUCAGUUGGCCGGUGGGACGCUGCGCCCGGAGACGCCUGUGGGAGGGAGAGCGGAGCCCCGCGAGCGGCGAGUGCGGGCAGGAGAGAACGCAGCGGGUCAGGAGCGCACGUCCGCGGAGGCAGGAAGGGAGCGAGCCUCCGCGGAGGUCGAGGCGCUGCUGCCCGGACAGGAUGCGUUUCGCCAGGGGCAACUCCAGCGGGGACAACGCCACUCGGGAAGGCGGGGGUCCGCCGAGGGACUGGCGCAACGAGGAGCUGGCCAAGGCGGAGGUCGCUGUGCUAGCCGUGAUUUUCGUGGUGGCGGUGCUGGGGAACAGUAGUGUGCUGCUGGCGCUGCACCGCACGCCCCGCAAGACGUCCCGCAUGCACCUCUUCAUUCGCCACCUGAGCCUGGCGGACCUGGCUGUGGCUUUCUUCCAGGUGCUGCCACAGAUGUGCUGGGAAAUCACCCACCGGUUCCGGGGACCCGACGGGCUGUGCCGCGUGGUGAAGCACCUGCAGGUGUUCGUCAUGUUCGUGUCGGCGUACAUGCUGGUGGUCAUGACCGCGGACCGCUACAUCGCCGUGUGCCACCCGCUGAAGACGCUGCAGCAGCCCGCGCGCCGCUCGCGCCUCAUGAUCGCCGCCGCCUGGGCGCUGAGCUUCGUGCUGAGCACGCCGCAGUACUUCGUCUUCUCCGUGGUCGAGGUGGACAACGUCACCAAGGUCUGCGACUGCUGGGCCAGCUUCAUCCAGCCCUGGGGUCUCCGCGCCUAUGUGACCUGGAUGACGAGCGGCAUCUUCGUGUUGCCGGUGAUCAUCCUGAGCACCUGUUACGGCUUCAUCUGCUACCACAUCUGGCGCAACGUCCGCGGGAAGACGGUGCCCCGCGAGGGAAAGGGCGCCCAGGGCACCGGCGGCGCCUUCCACAACGGGCUCCUGCUCGAGCCCUGUGUCAGCAGCGUGAAGAUCAUCUCCCGCGCCAAGAUCCGCACGGUGAAGAUGACUUUCGUGAUCGUGACGGCUUACAUCGUUUGCUGGGCGCCCUUCUUCGUCGUCCAGAUGUGGUCCGUCUGGGAUGAGAAGUUCCCCUGGGCAGAUUCGGAAAACCCAGCCAUCACCAUCACUGCAUUGCUGGCUUCCUUGAAUAGUUGCUGCAACCCCUGGAUAUACAUGUUUUUUAGUGGCCAUCUCCUGCAAGACUGUGUCCAAAGCUUCCUGUGCUGCCACAACAUGAAGCAAGCAUUCAACAAAGAAGAUUCUGACAGUAUGAGCAGAAGACAGACUUCUUACACUAUCAACCGGAGCCCGACAAACAGUAUGGGUGCUUGGAAGGACUCACCUAAAUCUUCCAAGUUCAUAAAAUUUAUUCCUGUUUCAACCUGAGCCCCUCAUUCAUGCAACUGACUCUUGGGACAGACUUUCUUGCCCAUUGGCUGAAUCCAGCUCACAAUCUUGAGAACAAAUGAACUACAUCAAAUAAGCAUAUGUCAAUUUGUUGGGUAUAAGACUUUGUUUCUGGUUGCAUUUUCAUAUUGCUAUGACCAAAUGCUAUGAAUUGCUUUAUACAGAAUGAUAAUAAAAACAUGCUACACUAAAAUGUUCAGGCCUAAUUCCCAGAAAUAUAACAAGUUCCUGAAGGAAAUAUAACAGAUGUUUCUAAAGGAAAAAUCUUGACCAUCCUGAUGUUAUAUUUUAUUGUUGGUUUCUUCUCUUUUUACUUCUGAUAUAACUAAGGUUUGAUUGGUUUAGAAGUCAUAUAAUGUAGGGGCGUUAUUUCUGAACAAAGUGAGCUCACCAUCCAUCAGCGUUAGAGUUGGAAACAAAUUAGAAAAGACAUCAAAGAAAUUGUUUCCAUUCAAUAAAAUCAAUUUAUACAUCAGAAAAUGCAGCCUCAACCAGUGGCCUAGAGAUGGGAUGGCGCCUUGGAGAAGCAUGAGCAGGGGCGUGCCUGGUUCAGAGUGGAAAGAAGAAAGUUUUAUUAGAAGCUAUAAAUCACCUAAAAUUCCAAAACAGGAAGUUUAGAACUGGCAGUUCCCUCCUUUUGGUUCCUCAUGCUUUGUUGGUUGUGAAAUGCCAAUGGACUAAGAUGCAGAAGGUUAGAAAAAUGUGUCAACUCACUAAUAAUACUUUUCUUCUCCUGCAAGGUUGUUCUAAAUUCACAUUUGUAUCAGGAAUACUCAGUUUUAUUAGAAAAGUAGAAGUGGAUUGCCCAAGGUACUAGGCAGACUUUCUCUAGAACAGUGUAAACAUGUUUUGACCAGUGUCAAACUAUAACCCUGCUAUUGGACAAUACCCUUUUACAGAACGGUUUGCUAGAUAUUAACAUGAUCAUUGCUUUACAGUUGGGGAGUCCAGAUUCAUAGAUAAGAAAGUCUGCUAAAGAGUGACUCGAGAUAUAUAAUGUCCCCUAGCAUUUAAUUAAAAUAACUUGGUCUGUCCUUCCCAUCUCCCACCCUUUUAACAGUGUGGGUAGAAGAAAGGCAGGGUUUCUACCAGGAUGCAGAGGGAGAUAGAAAAAAUAAAAAAACUGCUCUGCACCUCCUCUGCUUUUCUUCAUUGUUAAAUGCAUGACUUUAGGCAAAUUCUUUAAAAAUACAUAAAGCCUCUAUGUCCUUGGCUGUACAAUGGAGUUGGUAACACACUCCUCACAGAGUCAUUGUGAGGACUAAAUGAAAUAAGUGUGUAAAAGAGCUUCAUAAAUAAACUGCCAAGUGCUAUACAAA